CCUCCGCGUCGCGGGUUCGAAGCCAGGGACCGCGCGCCGCGAGUUCGUAUCCCAGCCGCGAUGCUGUUCGACAAGGUGAAGGCGUUCGUGGUGCAACUGGAUGGUGCGAACGCAGGCGCCGAGCCCGUGUUCAGCGGCGGCCAGGCGGUGGCCGGCCGGGUGCUGCUGGAGCUGGCGGGCCCGGCGCGCGUGGGUGCCCUGAAGCUGCGCGCGCGGGGUCGCGCCCACGUACACUGGACCGAGUCGCGCAGCGCGGGCUCGAGCACCGCGUACACGCAGAGCUACAGCGAGCGCGUGGAGGUUGUGAGCCACCGUGCCACACUACUCGCGCCAGACAUCGGAGGGAUCGCAACGCUGCCUCCUGGACGCCAUGAGUUCCCAUUCAGCUUCCAGCUGCCACCGACGCUAGUGACUUCAUUUGAAGGCAAACAUGGCAGUGUCCGAUACUGCAUCAAAGCCACCCUGCACCGGCCCUGGGUCCCUGCCCGCCGGGCAAGGAAGGUGUUUACUGUUAUCGAGCCUGUGGACAUCAACACACCGGCUCUGCUGGCCCCUCAGGCAGGAGCUCGGGAGAAGAUCGCCCGAUCCUGGUACAGUAACCGUGGCCUUGUCUCCCUCUCAGCCAAGAUCGACCGCAAGGGCUAUACACCAGGUGAGGUGAUCCCCGUCUUUGCCGAGAUCGACAAUGGCUCCACGCGCCCAGUGCUGCCACGGGCAGCCGUGGUCCAGACACAGACCUUCAUGGCGCGAGGUGCCCGCAAACAGAAACGAGCAGUGGUGGCUAGUCUCUCAGGGGAGCCUGUGGGCCCUGGGCGGCGGGCACUGUGGCAGGGCCGGGCGCUGCGGAUCCCUCCUGUGGGUCCUUCUAUUCUGCACUGCCGCGUGCUACAUGUGGACUACACCCUCAAGGUCUGCGUGGACAUCCCGGGCUCAUCCAAGCUGCUCUUGGAGCUGCCGCUGGUCAUCGGCACCAUUCCUCUGCAUCCUUUCGGCAGCCGCUCGUCCAGCGUGGGCAGCCAUGCCAGCUUCCUGCUGGACUGGGGACUGGGCGUCCUGCCAGAGCGACCUGAAGCACCUCCCGAGUACUCAGAUGUGGUGGCCGAUGAGGAGGUGGCGGCCGUGGAGCAGAGCCCCUUCCGACUACUGCAGGACCCUGACGUGGGUGCUGAAAGCCCCUUCUUUGCCUACAUCCAGGAGUUCCGCUACCGCCCGCCACCCCUGUACUCCGAGGAGGAUCCAAACCCACCCUCAGAGGCCAUGAGGCCCCGCUGCAUGACCUGCUGAGUGGCAAGUGGAAACUUCAAGGGAUGAGGUUGUACACCUGCUUCCGUCAGCGUGGAUAUGUGUGAGGAGUGGCUGGGUCGAGAGCAGACCAGCCUGACUGCACUGAAGUUGGGGAAGCCGAGUCUCAGAGUGGGGCAGGGCCAUUCCAGCAUCACACGGAGCAGAGGAAGAGCCAGUCUGGAGUCUGACAUAUCUGAACUGGUUCUCAUAAGGUAUCAAAUGCCCACCAUAAGAUCUGAGAGACUGUUCAACCUGUCUUUGCCAGCCUGUGGUCCCCCAGAAGCCUCCAGUCUGGGAGAGACAGAGCCAGACAUAAAUACUUCCAGGCCCACAGGACCAGAGGAAGGGACCAAGAGCUGGGAGAGUCCAAAGGGGGAGCAGGAAGGCUUCCUGGAGGAAAGGGCAUUUUAGCUGAGGCUUUGGUGCAUGAAUAAGAGCUCAGAAGGCAGGCAAGCAAGGGGAAGGAGAAGUUGAAGAAGGUCAGAGCCGAGUGAUGUGUGGAGACUGCCCCCUUCAUCUUAGAACUGGGGCUCAGAGAGCAAGUGCCUCAGUCGAGGCCACACUGCAAGGUCCGGCAGGCGAGAGGGCCCAGGAAUGAGGCAUUCAGGGAAGCAGGUUAUCAGAGCUGUGUGGGGCAACAGGGCAACAGGGGCAGCGACUCCAGCCUUUGAAACCUUUGAAAGCCAGAGAUUCCUGGCCCAGGCUAGGCUUCCUGGGGGCCCCUCCACACACUCCAGGACGUGAGAGCUGCCUGGGUAUUGUAUGGCCCGAGAAACCCAGAUUCAGGGUGGGACGGACAAGACCAGCUCCAUCACUUGCAAAAUGAAGAUGUGGGGCCCCUUGUUCAAGAAUUCAGAAUUUCAAGACGGGGACAGCAGAGCAUUAAACCAGGCUGCGGGGACAGAGGUCAGCCUGGGGUGACACAGCAGGGCCAGUGUGCUUCUUCUGGGCACCCCCUGUGUCCUGGAGGGACAAGACAUAAUGGGGCAGCUGGACAAGCCCCCAAGUGCAGAGUCCCAGCCCAGGCUGAGGCAGGACCCUCGCCUGGGACUCUGCAUUUCCGUUAAGCCUUAAAUUGUUCUCUUUUGUACAAUUAUUUUUUAAAAAUAAAAGCACGGAGGAAGA